AUGCAGCCUGCAGCUGCAGCGCAGAAGGCGAGCAUGCGAAAUCAUCGCGCUGGUGCCGGCAUCGCAUUGGCUGGCCUCGGUCUACUGGUCUACAACCUGGCAGGUCCACGGCUCUUUGUGGCUCCCCAGCCUGAAAUGCUGGGGAUACCGCGACAUGGCUCAGAGGCCAGGGGUGAGGCCCUGAUCAUGUGUGCUGCGAAACCGGGUGGACGGCCUGUGGAUGUGACACAAGAAGCCAUGCCCGCAAGCACCAUCAAGGUCAAGACAGGAAAAGGUGAGCUGACUGUGGACCAGCAGUUUGACAAGAAGGAAAGGACAACCAGGUGGCUGAAAACCUUGAAGGGUAAGUUCGUGUACAGAGGCCCCAAGCCAGCAGAUCCGGACCAAUUCAUUAAGGUCAACAUUGCUGUGCCACUGGCACCGAAGCAGGCAUCAAAUACGAAGAUCAUGAAUCAGGUCAUAGAAGAGCUCCGUCGCGUCAGUGGUGUUCACCCAGUUGCAACCUACUUUACAGCCAACAAUGCCGAGCUAGGAUACCGCGUGGGAGAUAAAUCUGGAGCCAAAGUCAACAUACGGGGCCAUUUGAUGCAUGAUUUUCUCCAGAGGCUGAACACCAUUGUUCUGCCCCGAGUGCGAGACUUCGAAGGUUUGGAUCCAACCUCCUUCAACAGGAAAGCGAACUACUGGAUGCACUUGCCCAGCCAGGAGCCCUUCAACGAGCUCGAUGAGCUGCUCGACUCGCGGGAAGUUGUCCACGGCUUCAACAUCCGCAUCCUCAACAACUGUUUCACACAGCCAGAUGCUUUGAAGCUAAUGAAAGAGUUCGGUUUUCCUUUCGGUGAGGGUGCCAAAGGAUCCUUACGCGAAGUUCAAGAACAAGGGCAAGGGCAAGAAGAAGCGAUAGGCCGCCAGUGUUUCAGCCAGAUUGCCAUGUGGCAGAGCCUGGCAGAGAUCUGUAUUAGGUUCGAGGACAAGAUGUUUGCACCCUGCGGGGACGAAGCACACGAAGAUUUUCAAGCACCCGAGGCGGCUGGAGCAUUGCACGCCAGCUUGCUCUCUGGCAUUUCACCCGCAGGUGCUGCAAUUUUCGCGCUGUGUCAGUUCAUUGUCACGGCUUUUCCGAGGGCAUCUCCUUCGCUGGUAACCCACCAGCUCUACAAGUACAACAGGCUCGUCUGGCUGUAUCGUGGGUCUUCUGCCUUCGGGCUCUCCCAGGCCGUGCAGCGCAGCCUGACCGUGGCCCGCCCAUCCCAAAGUGAGGAUGCAGCGGAGCCUGCGGAAGAGCUGCGACAGCAAAGGUCAGCAGAGCGCUGGGGCCCAAUGACAAGUGAUGCAGUUUGUUACGAAGGUUACUAA